AUACUCCGCCUUGUCACGCGCUUUCUUCUUCUAUAAAUUUUUUUCCGCUCGCCCUUCUCCGGCCUCGGAAAUCUCGGCGAUCGAGAGAGAAAGCGCGAUCAUGGCGACAAAAGGAGAGGGAGGGGAGCCAGCGCUGGGGGUGCCGUACGGGUACGCGGCGCCGGCGCCGCAACAGCAGGGAGUGCCCUACGGAUACGCGGCGGCGGCGCCGCAGCAGCAGGGUGUGCCGUACGGAUACGCGGCGGCGCAGCCGCAGCAGGCGCAGGCGUUCUACGUGGGGCAGAACCCCUACCAGGCUGGGAUGAUCCCCCCGAACGCCAUCUACGGAGACCCGAUGGGGAUCCCUCUGCAGCAGACCAUGUUUCGGGAUACCCCCGCCCCCUUCCAGUGCGUCUACUGCGGCUCCUCCGGCCUCACAACCGUCAAAUCAAAACCAAGUCUGGCAGCUGUUGUGGCUUGCAUGAUGCCAUUUAUGCUGGGAGUUUGCUUCCUUUGCCCCUCCAUGGACUGCCUUUGGCACAAGUAUCAUUACUGCCCUAGCUGUGGACAAAAGGUUGCUGAGUACGAGAAAUCAGACCCAUGUCUUGUUGUGGAUGCACCCCGCUGGAGAGAGAAGAGUUUUGCUGUGCCUGCAUAGUCUGAAUUCCUGAAGCAUUUCUUUCUUGCCUGAAGUUUGGAACUUUCCUGUAUGGAGCUGUAAAUUAGCUAUUAGACAAUAACAAAGGUUCUACAUGUGUCACGUGAAAGGUUAUACUUGUGUUAUGGUGGUUUUUGAUGACAUUUUGUGAUCAUUCAUGGAAUAAUUUGGUGGAUUGGUCCAGGACUUCAUUUA